GCAAUGGGGAGAGCAUUGCCUACAGCCAUGGCCAGCACAGUAAGCUCCAGUACCAGCACUGCCAGUUCAGAACUGUCUUCACUGUCAGAGAACAUCAAUAAUGCUGCUGACAUCUCUGUCAUUGUCAUCUAUUUCGUGGUGGUGAUAGCUAUUGGAGUGUGGGCAAUGUUGAAGACAAACAGAAGCACUGUUGGAGGCUUCUUCUUGGCAGGUCGAGCUAUGACCUGGUGGCCGAUGGCUGCCUCUCUGUUUGCAAGCAACAUUGGCAGUGGCCACUUUGUGGGCCUGGCUGGGACAGGUGCAGCUUCAGGAAUUGCCGUUACCGCAUUUGAAUCACAUUCGUUUCUCUUGUUGCUGGUUCUGGGGUGGUUUUUUGUCCCCAUCUACAUCAAGGCAGGGGUGAUGACCAUGCCAGAAUACCUCAGGAAGCGGUUUGGUGGGAAGAGGCUUCAGAUCUACCUAUCAGUCCUCUACCUCUUCAUCUGUGUGGCUUUGAGGAUCUCAUCAAACAUAUUUUCUGGAGCCAUAUUCAUAAAGCUGGCAUUCGGACUGGACCUUUACCUGUCGAUCUUCAUCCUUUUGGCUAUCACUGCUGUUUUCACAAUCACUGGGGGCUUGGCAUCCGUGAUUUACACAGAUACUAUCCAGGCCAUUAUCAUGUUGAUUGGAUCUUUCAUCCUCAUGGCGUUUGCAUUUAUUGAAGUUGGAGGCUAUGAAAAUUUUACAGAGAAGUACAUGAAUGCCAUCCCAUCUGUAAUUGAGGGGGACAACCUGACAAUCAGCCCCAAGUGCUACACUCCUCAGCCAGACUCCUUCCACAUCUUCCGAGAUGCCGUCACUGGAGACAUUCCAUGGCCAGGAACUGCAUUUGGAAUGAUUAUUACAGCUUUGUGGUACUGGUGCACAGACCAGGUCAUUGUACAGCGCUGCUUAUGUGGCAAGAACAUGUCCCAUGUGAAGGCUGCCUGCAUAGUGUGUGGGUACCUGAAGCUGCUGCCCAUAUUUUUCAUGGUAAUGCCAGGGAUGAUCAGCCGCAUUCUAUACACAGAUAUGGUGGCCUGUGUUGUGCCUUCUGAGUGUGUAAAGCAGUGUGGUGUUGACAUUGGUUGCACUAACUAUGCCUACCCAAUGAUGGUGCUGAAACUGAUGCCCAUGGGACUUCGAGGCCUGAUGCUGUCAGUCAUGGUGGCCUCUCUUAUGAGCUCCCUGACCUCCAUCUUCAACAGUGCCAGUGCCCUGUUCACCAUGGACCUCUACACCAAGAUUCGGAAGAAGGCAUCUGAGAGAGAGCUCCUGAUUGCUGGGCGGCUGUUUGUCACUGUAUUAAUUGUCACCAGCAUCUUGUGGGUCCCAAUAGUAGAAGUAUCUCAAGGUGGACAACUGAUCCACUAUACAGAAUCAAUUUCUAGCUACCUUGGGCCUCCUAUUGCAGCUGUCUUCCUGCUUGGCAUCUUCUGUAAAAGAGUCAAUGAACAAGGUGCAUUCUGGGGUCUGAUGGUUGGACUUGUGAUGGGCCUUAUCCGUAUGAUUGCAGAGUUUUCUUAUGGGACAGGGAGUUGCCUGGUCACCACUAACUGUCCCAAGAUCAUCUGUGGAGUGCACUACCUAUAUUAUGCCAUCAUUCUCUUUUCCGUGUCUGUGUUGGCUACUCUGGGAGUUUCUUUGUUAACAAAACCCAUUCCUGAUGUACAUCUGUAUCGCCUGUGCUGGACUCUUCGGAACAGUGAGGAGGAAAGAAUCGAUUUAGAUGCAGAAGAUAAAGGGGAGGAAGGAGCUGAUAAUGUGACUGAAGAGGACCAAACUGAGAAACCUCGUGGAUGUCUCAUGAAGACUUACGAUUUAUUCUGUGGUUUGCAAAAAACAGGACCCCAGGUGACUAAAGAAGAGGAAGAAGUCCUGAAGAAGAAACUCACAGACACAUCAGAGGAGCCCUUCUGGAGGACUGUUGUCAAUGUCAAUGCCAUUGUCCUCCUGACUGUGGCAGUUUUUUUCUAUGGCUAUUUUGCCUGAAUUCUAUCUCAGUCACAGCACCACUGGCUAAGCAAAGGAUCAUUUUGUGCAUUUUCCUUUUAAAGUUUGCUAUCCUGCAAAGGAACAUGAGCAAUUUGGUAAUUUUAUCUAUUAAGGCUACAUCAGAGUUGAAUUUUUGUUGUCCCUUCAUGUAAAUAGUUUAUAUUUUAUAAAACUACUAAAGUGACUUCAUGAAAGUAUGUGAAGUAGGCAGAGAGCCCAAAAUCCCUUUUUGUACUUUUAUGAAGUAUUAUCAUCCACUGAAAUUUGAUAGAUUUAAGACAUAUAGUGUGAUGAUGUCAUACAUAAGUUAUGAAAGUAUUAGCAGAACCAAGUCAACUGGCACACCCAUAUCCUAACAUAGUUGCUCUUCUGUAUUAUACACAGAGAAAACACUUAUCUGCUCUCUCAGCACAUUUGAAAUGUACAGUACAUUAUUACCCAUAGGCACAUGCUGUCCUUUUAUUAAAUUGUUGCUGCCUUUUAAGCCACAGCUGUCCAAAUGAGCAACUGCAACUCCACCACUACCAGCAGCAGUUAGGCUGCAAGGGCCGUAGCCAGAGGGAAUUCUGUUCCCUUCGGCUCCAACUUUUCCAAAGCUACAAAGGGAGCUUCACUAAAUCUCUGUCCCUCUAAAGAACUCAAAAUUCAAAGGUUGAGGUGGAAUUUGCUCCCCAGAGAGGCUGACUAGCAAGUAGCUCACCCCCUCUCCUUCCUAGCAUCCUCCCCAAAAGCCCUUGUGUGCCUCCUGGCUUUUCCUUAAAGACCCUUCUCCACCUGGCUCCUCCCUACCACUUCCUGUCAGCUAGUUGCUGGGGCAGCCUACUGACCACAGGUGAAUUGUAUUUAACCAAACACAUCUUUGCAUCAUUAAACAAAUGUUCCAAAGCAUAAACAAAAGUAACACACCUUAAAAUAAUAUUUUACAAUAGGCACAAUGCUGUGUAUUAUUAGACCUCUGUAACUUAGUCAUCUUACAGCCAAACCUUUGUACUCUUUAAUCAUCAUUUCUCCUCUUCAUCCCAUCCCUGAGCCCCUGGAAACACCACUGCUGUAGAGCAUCUUGUGCUGCUGUAACAAAUAUGAACAUUAGAAAUUA